CACGAAUAGAAGAGAUAAGGGACGGUUGGAUGAUGUAAAAUUGGCUUUACUGAACAUCAGUGUAAACCAUGUGGUGGGUAACCAAGGAAAGUGUUGAAUGGAAUGAGAUGGUUGCCACGACAUCGGAGAAAGCGAAAGAGAACAUUGCAAUGUUAUUCUCAGUUGGAGAUUCAAGGAAAGCGAAAGGAGAAAAGAAAGGUUUGAUUCGGAAGAGGGCACGGGUGAAGAAGAUGGAGAAGAAGAUGGAGAGGUCAGGCAGCGGUACUCUAAGAGGGACACCAAAGAAAGCAAAAAAUAUUUUGGGAGACACUCGUGAGAAUGAACCUUCCUUGAGAGAUAUAAUGACAACAAUAGUGCUUAUGGAAAAGCGAAACUUGAAGAUGCGCAUGGAAGUUACUAAGUUGAGAAUUGCAUUAAAUGCCCACACCCGUCUUCUGAAUGGGUAUAUAUCAAGGAAGAAAAUUGGUAAGCGAUGGCAUACGAGUAAAAAGCGCACAACAGAGGAUAACAACAUGCCUAGCUUUGAUUUAAGAUUUGAGAGUCAAGAGAAGAAUGAUGCCACAGAAUAUGAUGUGGCCGAUGAUGUUUGGGAGGAGGAUCUCAAUGUGGAAGCUGAGAUUGGGACCCAACUGGGUUCGUGUGGUAAUGACCUUCACGAUCCGUUGAAUGACAUUAGUACACAAGAAGUUGAGGGCAGAUGGUUGAAGUCAUUACAUGGAUUGGGGCUGGGGAAACAUUCUGAGAAAAAUGUGGACAAACAGGAGUGCGAAAAGGGCUUGACGAAUAUGGUUAAAGACGCCAUGCAGUCGAGCGAUGUGGGCAACGACGUGGCUGUUGAGGAUGUUCCAUGUACUGGUGUGGAUGAACCCAAAGAAGCAUCACCAAUGAAUGUUGAAGUGUCUGCUUCUGUUAUGAAUGGUCAGGAAAAUGUGUUGAGGUCGGGUACUGGCUGUGAUUUGCUAAGGGCCGUGUGUGAAGAGGUUAAGGAUUCUGAAGAUGAUGAUGAGGUGGUGAAUGAAGAACCAUGUACACAGAUUGUGGUGUAUGAAGCACCGAUGGCGAGUGAGGCACCAACAGAUUUGAUGUUAAAUCAAAAGAAGCCCUUGAAGUGUCCAGACCGGUUCACUCCUGAUGAUUUAGUAGUGCGACGUAAAACAAAAAGGGUGAGAACAGAGAGUGCUCGUGUAGUGCAAUUUGGGGGGGAUGAAGAUGAGUUCAUGGGUCCAUUCCCAUCAGACCCGAACGAGAUGCCUGCUCAGGAGGAGUUAAUGAAGGUUGAGAAGUUCAUGUAUCAAGGACUUUUAAAGAAUCACCUUAGAGUAUCGGGGCGCAAGUACGGGGCCCAGGCGGAUGUGCUUGACCCAAGUGAGUAUAAGCACCCAAAUGUCAUAUUCUACUACCUUAGAAUGAAGGGAGUAGAGUUUGGGUUGGAGCAGCGGUACAUGACAACAGACACCCCAUUUCUUGCAUUGUUGAAGACAUUAUUUGGGAGGUAUAUGAAGAAGGAACUAACCAUUGAGCAAGCAAUGCGUAAUAAUUCAGUAAGAAGCACGAUCAUAGGAGGGAAGAUGGAAUAUGGUCGACCGUGGAAGAGUGCAGAUUUUGUAUACAUGCCGCUGAAUACUAGGAACCACUGGACAUUGUUGGUGUUGGACAUUAAGCAGAAGUUAAUUAGGAUAUAUGACUCGAGCAUCAGGAGAAAUGAUUCAAAAAGGAAGCUGCACUCGUUUCUGCCAUGCCUCCAAAUGUUCCUGCCUAAGAUAAUGGAUAAGUUGGGCCUGUAUGACGGAUGGGAGGAAGGUCCAGUGGGAGAUGAUGUCUUAGCGGUUGAAGCUGGACCGUGCUGCCCCCAACAGAACGACGGGUCAAGUUGUGGGAUGUUCGUGGUGAAGAUGGCUGAACUUCUGAUGAUGAGCAACAAGAAGAAGAAAAGAAAACUCCAACUCCAUGGUAGUAUGUUAAGGAAGAAGAAGAAGGAGCAAGAAAACCAUUCAAGUGUCCAAAAUCCUGAGCAUAAGACAAUCAGUCCACUUGAACAUCCGGAAGGUAUUGCAAAGAAAGUUCGGCGUUGGAAUGUUGAAGUUAGUGAGUUAAUCGUCGGACUCCUGUUCAUCGACAUACCCGAAAUUCUGAACAGCAACUUUCUAUUGACUUCAGGUCCAAUUUACGCUAUCUUACCUAUGUUAAAACGAAAUACUUUCUAUACAAAAGUUAUAGCCUUACAUCUUAGGAAUCUGCAGAAUCAAACGGUUUGCAAUUCCGUGAAGAAACGAUGGAGAUAUGCCCAAAAUACCGCAGGCUGUCCAAUUGUGACGAGAUUGACAAAGUUGGUGAAUUUCGAUGUUGUUUCCACUCCCGCUCAUCCGUAAGGUUUCGACUGAUGAUUUCAAGGUUAGGACGACAGAAGGUGAUAUGAUAAUGACCAACAUAAUAUGUGUAAUGAUGUAUUUCGAACUAAAUAAUGGCCGGAAAUGAAAGACCAUGGACGCAUGGUUAAUGAGUAUUUGGUAACCUACUGACUUAUGAUAAUGACCUGAAGUUAUGUAUAGCAUAUGUGCACUAAUUGACUUGGCACUACGUUCCAUGAAUAAUGACCAAAAAAAUCUAUUUUUUGAAUAGAGUUGAUUUAAUAAUGGCCAAGAGUAUAG